CCUGUGCACUCUUCCUUACACUCAUGUGUAACGGAAACAUGGCAGCGGGCGUCUUAAGUGGAGUAAGGCAGGUUCUCCGGGGCCCUCGGUGGCUCUCUGCGGUGUUCUCGUGUCACGGAAAAACAUUCAGCUCCGCAGCAGCUGUAGUCAAAUCAGCGCCAGACACCGCUGUCACAGAGAAGAUCCUGAACUUCCCACUCACUCAGCCAGAUUAUUUCCACUUGUCUGAGCUCUUCACUAUGAAGGACCUGUUUGAAGCCCGUGUCCAUCUUGGACACAAGAAAGGCUGCCGGCAUAGGCUGAUGGAGCCAUAUCUGUUUGGUUCUCGUCUGGAUACAGACAUCAUUGAUCUGGAGCAGACAGCAGAACUCCUCCAGCAGGCGCUGAACUUCACGGCUCAUGUGGCGUACCGCGGCGGCAUCAUCCUGUUCGUCAGCCGCAGGCGGCAGUUCGGUCACCUGAUAGAGACGACGGCGCGAGAGUGCGGGGAAUACGCUCACACACGCUACUGGAAGGGCGGCCUGCUCACCAACGCUCCCAUCCAGUACAGCCCUGGCAUCCGGCUGCCGGACCUCAUCAUUUUCUUUUCCACGCUCAAUAACGUCUUCCAGCAGCACGUCGGCAUCCGAGACGCGGCCAAAAUGAAUAUUCCCACAGUCGGGAUUGUGGACUCUAAUUGUAACCCCAGCCUCAUCGCAUACCCAGUACCCGGCAACGAUGAUACUCCUGUGGCCAUGGAGAUGUACUGCCGGCUGUUUAAAAUGACCAUUAAUAGAGCAAAGGACAAGAGGAGGCAGAUGGAGCUUCUAAAGGGUAUUUCAGCCUCAGUAUGAAGCAGGUCAAUGAGAGUUUGUGU